GGGGCCUGGAAGCGCUUUAAAACCUUGGAAGUCGCUUAGUCGCUUAAAUAAACUGGAACUUACCCAGUACUUACAUCUCGUACAGUCAUACCUACCACAUUGUGCUCAAUGUACGAUAGGAGGCUAUUGAGAUUAAGCUCGGACGUGCCGUGUGCGUAGAUGGUAGGUACCUGGUAGAUAGCUGCUAACUGACAGGCAAGAGCUGGGACCGUUUACACUGUACUUACCUAGUUUGACGAUUCUAUUGAAAAAAUUGAGGCUGAGACCUGAAAACGAUGGGCCGUUAAAUCCGAAAACUGCUGUUGCCCUUUCCUCCAGGACUGACUCCUUCGGUGAGAGGGAACUUCCCAACCCCCUGUCCCUUUCAAUACUUACAUAUCGAUACUAGUUGCACCUUCCUCAGGCUUCUGCCUCCGAAUGACUUGCACCUGCACCUGCAUAUGUGAGUCAAGUACAUUAAAUGAUUAAGCACCUACCUACGAUUCACUUUUCCCGCCUAAUUCAAGCUUAAAAAUCUCACAUCUUCAAUUCACAUUUAAUGUUAUGCUCUUUAUUUCGCGACGCGUGACAUUAUCGUAAUGAUUUCGUCCAUUUAUUCUACAAUCCGUUACCUACAUACUUGAGAUAUCAGGUCGGUGUAGUCGUAGGUAGAGAGGGUUCCAAUUAGAUUGGAACCCUCGUUUAACUUGAAUAAGGGCCAUGUCCUCAUUCAGCGGAAAAAAGAUAUUCAGCCACGCUCGUUCCAAAUUAACGAAGUCUCGUAAAUUGAGAGAUAUAAUAAGCAAACUAUCUAUAAAACGACUCACGCAUCAACCCAGCUCUCUCGUUGACAAUGACGAUCUAUCAUCAAUUGGCAACCCUACCAGCUCCACUGGCCUCGGCAUCACCUUAACCAACAAUAGUCGUAACACAGUUGCUCAAGAUGUCGAGUCUAGGAACGUCAUUGUCCUCUCAUCAGGACAGCAAACCGAGAAAAAAGUCUCCGGUCUAUUGCUUCUUCCACAAGAGCUGUUCGACCACAUAACCAGUUACUUAGGAGCAGCUAAUGUCGCAGUGUUGGCACUCGUCAACAAGGAACUGAUGUACCGAUUCAUGACUUCAUGCAUGAAGACCGGGAUUACAGAACCGUACGAGCCAGUGUCCUAUCGUGUUCUAAACAAAUUUAUUGAGAAGACCGAUGCAUCAAAGACCAAGAUUCGUGGAACCCUACUCAGCCUUAUCGACUACGACCUGGAGGAUCUCGUUUACUGCUAUAAGUGUAAACGGAUCCACGACCCCUUCCUACCAUUCAUAGACCGGGCCUAUGCUCCACACAAAGCUGCUAGAUGUGCUGAUUGGUCUAUGGAUCAUCAUAUGCCGCCGCGUGCUACUAGGAAGCUUCUCCGUACCAUCAGCAAACGUCGUCUCCAUGGCGCUCCCUAUAGGCACCUUUUGCAGCAGGUCAACAACACGCAAACAACUUAUCAUAAGGGAAUAUUAGUCCAAGUCACCUUGAGAGCGCGCUACCGCAACAGCGACUUGAUUUUACGACGACAGCAGGUUGUUUCGUCCGUUGACAAGUCAGCUCUGUCAUUAUGGUUAUUCGGGCAGAUGAUUAAAGAUCCGCCGCGGACUGGUCUGUCGUUUCUAUCACUACCGAAGACCUACCCGAUGUGUAAUCAUGGUAACUGGGGUUCCGUGUACCAGCCAUUGAUACAGCAACUGGUCAAUCCCUUGUGUAAAAAUGAUCAUAUCCGGCAAAACAUCACGAGGCAUGAAGUAGCCUGCUUCAGCAAGGAACCCCUGGACGUAUCUAAGCAGGAGGGCCACAUCAUUUGCGAACGCCUCAAAUGGGUAGUCUCUGGCGCACGGCAUAACCCAACGGACGUGCACCCUCUCUUAGGCGAGGUCCUAGGCUGUGCCAACUGCACCACAGACUUUAGCAUUGACGUUGUUCCCUUACCUGAGCCAUUCAAUUGGGGAUUUGUUCUCACCUCUUGGAUAGAUCUUGGUAGAAUCGAUUUUUGCAGUCAGUGGGACAGUCAUAGAGACGUGCGACCCGGUCGAGAGGUUAGGCGGCAUGUACAUGGGGACAUAUGCGAGGCGUUUGAGGAUCUACCAUCGCGCCUGGAUUAUCGUCCCAAGAUCAGCUCCGUCGAUGGUCUAAGAAUGGCAAACUACGUCUGGGGAGAGAGAGCAAAGGUCGGUCUAGACAAGUACAUUAAUUGGACCCAAGGGCAUACGUGCAAUCCCGCCACGGGAUGGUACGAAGAUCCGGAUCCGCUGGAGGACGCCGAUUGCUGAGCAUUGGCUACGGCGAACCCAAGUACGACGCAGAAAGGAUUGUGGUAAUCCAUGAGAAUAAUGGAAGUGGAGGGGGGCUGAUGCAUAUGUCGAGCACUGAUACCAUCUCAGCUUCGGCACAAAUGGGGUUAUUUGCAUGGGCGAAGGUGUUUGGGUCAGGAAUGAAUCGAUUAAAUGCAAAGCAUCAAAUUAAGGCACGGAGUUACCGGAUUCGCCACGAAGGAGAACUUAGUGGCUU